AUGUUUAACUCGGUCAACCUCGGAAACUUCUGCUCCCAGUCGCGCAAGGAGCGGAGCGGCGACUUCGGGGAGCGCGCAGGUUGCGCCGCUUCGAACCUCUACCUCCCCAGCUGCACCUAUUACGUCCCCGAAUUUUCCACCGUGUCCUCCUUCCUGCCCCAGGCCCCGUCUCGCCAGAUCUCCUACCCUUACUCCGCCAACCUCUCCCAAGUGCCGCCCGUGCGCGAGGUCUCCUACGGGCUGGACCCCUCGAAUAAAUGGCACCCUAGGAGCGGCUACGCCUCGUGCUACUCCGCCGAGGAGCUGAUGCACCGGGACUGCCUCCCGCCCUCCACCAUGACCGAGAUGCUGAUGAAAAACGAGAGCGCCUACGGCCACCACCACCCCCCCGGCGGCAACCCCCCGCCGCCCACCGGCUUCUACUCCGGCGUGAACAAAAACAGCGUCCUGCCGCAGGGCUUCGACCGCUUCUUCGAGAACGCCUACUGCUCGGCCGAGACCCCGCUGGAGGGCUGCCCGCAGAAGGCGCAGAGCAAGCUGGAGAGCGACCCCGCCGCCGCCGCCGCCGCCGCCGAGCCCGCCGCCCUGUCAUCCCGCGGCGAGCAGGGCGUCGACCCGGAAGACGAGGAGGACGGCACCCACCCGGGCUCCUCAGCCUCCUCUUCCUCGGCCAACAAGGACGCCGGCAAAGCCAGCAGCGCCAGUGCCCCCCGUACGAGGAAGAAGCGGUGUCCCUACUCGAAAUUCCAAAUCAGAGAGCUGGAAAGGGAAUUUUUCUUCAACGUCUACAUCAACAAAGAGAAAAGGCUGCAGCUGUCUCGGAUGUUGAAUCUCACUGAUCGACAGGUUAAAAUUUGGUUUCAAAACAGAAGGAUGAAAGAAAAAAAACUCAGCAGAGACCGCCUGCAGUAUUUCUCGGGAAAUCCCUUAUUGUGAACUUUCUUUUAUUUUAUUACCCUUUUGUAAACAAAAAUUAAAAAUUAAAAAAAGCCCUCUGCUCCUUGAAGUAUUCUGUGUAUGAAGAAGAUAAGAAUAUGGCAAGUACGGUUUGACUUGACAGUAGAGCCUGGAAAACAAUCCCUGACUUUUAAAUCUUUUUCCUUCCUUAGAUUUGUAUUUUGGGGGAUUGUUUGGGACACGAUUUUUUUUUAAAAAAAGUCUUGUAUAGUCCCUUCUACCUUUCCCUAAAUCUUGA